AUGUUUUAUGCAUUUAUUCUUCCCCUGGUGGUAUAUGCAAUUAUCACUUGCAACGCUCAUUUGGAGACUGAUGUGACAGGACUCAGUAAGAGAGAUGUUGGAAGCAUGACGUUCCUGUCUCGGUGGAAAGCAGAUUUCCAAAUCGGGUCCGAGAAGGACGACAUCAGCUUUUACUUCGACUUCGAUGAUAGCUGGAACUAUCUACCUGUGAACUUUGUUGGGUGUAAUACCUCAGUGUCCGGGACCAACGAGUUUUCCAACUCUACCACCAACGCAACAAAAAACACUUGCGUGUUCUCCACUAAUUUUGGUGACCUGACAAAUUUGAAGUCCAGGUAUAACAGCACCCUUCAAACAACCAUAUUGACCGACAAAUUGAUCAUUGGCGAUUACCAGGUGGACGGAGUUGACUUUGUCCCUCUUGAGUACAACGAUACCAUUGGAUUUCUUGGACUUGGGCUGCCAUACCAAAGCAUCGAUGACUACUACAACAUCAGUGAUGGUUCCCACAAAAACUUUGUUCAACAGCUUCAUCAGACUGGAGUAAUUGACUCUAGUAUCCUCUCUCUCUGGCUCAACCCAGGAAACAAGUCGGAGGGUCAGUUUGCAUUUGGUGGAAUCGAUGAGGCAAAAUACAAUGGAAGUCUUUUCCGGUUCCCAAUGGUGAACUCUUUCGCCUAUUUGGAACAUUCAAAAUUUUUGGAAAUCAAGAUGGACUCAUUGCUGACUUCGACUAUGUCAUUUACUCAGCCAGUGGGUAUGUCAUUGAAUCCAAGCGCCUUAAGUACUUGGUUUCCUCAGAGCUAUUUCGAAGCUCUUGUAAAUGCUCUCGGUGGGAAGUACGACGAGAAGCAUGGUGGAACUUCCGUUCACAAAAAAUACUUGACUCUGAACGAAGUUGUCACCUUCAAGUUCGGCAACUUUAACCUUUCUGUUCCCAUCUCCUCCUUGGUGGAAGAGAGGCUGGGUAAGGUUUACACUACAUUUGUUGCUGGUAAUAUUGCCACUUUAGGACUCGACAUCCUUCAGCACGCCUACAUUGCAAUUGAUUAUGACAAUAACGAGGUUGCUUUAGGACAGAGCAAAGCCAAUGCCUUGGAUUCGGAGAAGUUCGUUAAUGCUACUUCGAACCUUAGCUCUAUUCUGUUGGCAUCUGGAGCUUCGGAGACUUCAUUGGCAAUUGAAAUGCAGCUUGCUCUGCAAUCUCCAGCUUUGAUAUUAUUUGCAUCCCAGAGGUCUUAUGGAUCACUUAGUGGCAAUGCUGCAUACACAGGGCCUUUGAUGGGCCUUUUUGGUUUAAUUGCUGGCGUCCUAAUGGCCGUUUAA